AUGAGUCUUUCUGCUAAAGACAAAGCGGCGGUGAAGGCCUUCUGGGCUAAGGUCUCCUCAAAGGCAGAGGACAUCGGCACUGAGGCGCUGUCCAGAAUGCUGGUUGUCUAUCCCCAGACGAAGACCUAUUUCUCCCACUGGAAAGACAUGAGCCCCGGCUCUGCUCCUGUGAGGAAGCACGGGAAAACCGUCAUGGGAGGUGUCGCAGAGGCGGUUGAAAAAAUCGACGACCUCGCAGGCGGGCUGCUGAGUCUCAGCGAACUGCACGCUUUCCAGCUGAGAGUGGAUCCUGCCAACUUCAAGAUCCUGUCUCACAACAUUCUGGUGGUGAUGGCCAUGAUGUUCCCUGAGGAUUUCACCCCUGAGGUGCACGUGGCUAUGGACAAGUUCCUCACCAGAGUGGCUCUGGCUUUGUCCGAAAAAUACCGAUAA